CUCACCAGUUUAUACUUGCACGAUAAUUAGAGCGUCCAGGUGGACGCACUACGAUUUUUCUGCGUUUUCGCACGAUUUCGCGGAAAAAAUGGGGUCGAGCUUGCACACUCAGUGUACGUGAUACGUAAACUUAUGGGUUUUUGGCAUGCGGUGACGUCAUCCGGAUCGUUCUGGAAGAACCCUGCAGGACAAUAAUGGCGGAUUUGUAUGCCAAAUACAAUUGCACCUAUUGUCAAGAGGACAUCUCGGGUUUACGAGUAAGAUGUGUUGAAUGCCCGGAUUUCGACCUCUGUUUGCAGUGUUUUUCCGCUGGAGCUGAAAUCGGUCCACACAAAAAUGAUCACCCUUAUCAGUUUAUGGAUUCUGGUACCAUUAGCAUAUUUAAUGGUAGAGGAAACUGGACUGCUAGGGAACAGCUCAGACUGUUGGAUGCUAUUGAACAAUUUGGUUUUGGAAAUUGGGAAGAUAUUAGCAAACAUAUUGAAACACGAACACCUGAAGAAGCAAAAGAAGAAUACAUUGCCAGAUAUCUUGAUGGCAAUAUUGGGAAACACACAUGGCCUCCAACAGAAAGCUACAAACCAAAUCUAACAGAUCAAACUAAGUCAGAUCAUGGACCCCUGUCACCUGAUCUUACAUCUCGAUUACCACCUCUGGAUAUCACUCCAGAGGAAGCUGCACAACUGGGAUACAUGCCACAAAGAGAUGAUUUUGAAAGGGAUUAUAACCAUGAAGCAGAAUCACUUGUUUCUUCAUUAUUUUUAAAUCCAGCAGAAGAUGAUGAUUUGGAUAUAGCGCUUAAACUUGCACAAAGAGUAGUGCGUGAUUAUCAGCUUGUUUCAGCGUUCUUUGCUUCAUCCAGGAAAGACAAAACAGUAAAAAAAAAGCAAACAAAAGAGGAAAGGGAAUUUAGGGAUAGAAUGCGAGUAUUUGCGCAAUUUUAUACGGCACAGGAAUACGAGCAAUUCCGUUACCGGGAACAUGGCAUUACAAGACACGAAGAAUGCUCUCAUUUUGAGCAAAUGAUAGCACAAACUCAGGGACAAAAUGAUACCACAGAUCAUUGGAAUGAAAAAAAAUCUGGCAGCAGUGGGCCGUCCACACCAAUACACCGCCACACCUCAAAAAAAAGAGAAGAAGAAAAAAGUUACUCUUCCAUCGACCGAAAGUUCAUUGUAAAAGACUUACCCAGCAGCAGCUUCUCAAUCAGUCAAGUCAAUCCCAAUCGGACGACGACUCCAGCCAAUCAGUGGGCGGAGCCGGAUAACAAUCCAAAUUCUUCCAGCCAGCAUUCUACCAGCUCCAGUUCUGCUAUCGAAAAGCAUUAUACUGCGACAACUUCCAGAAAAUCUUGUUCUGCAAUGGGAGAUUCAGAAGAACGAGAUAUAGAGAUGGAGGCCGCAGCACAUUUAUUAACGAAACAAGAAAAAUCAUUAUGCCUCCAGCUUGAUUUGAAGCCAACACAGUAUUUAACGCAAAAAACGUUGUUGUUGCAAGAGUAUCUAAAUGGUAAUAGGAGAUCAGGCGUUGUACCUCAGUCGGAACCAGAGAGUAAAAUAUUACAUUAUCUGGUAGCAAAUGGCUGGAUCGCGGCCAACUGAUUAAACGUGUAAAAAAUU